CAAAACCUUAAAUGAACAUGCUUACAUAUACAUUGCCAUGCUCCUAACCACAUUCAGGCUCUCUUUUUCAUUAGUUACUCAUCAGCUGUUUUGCUUAGCUUGUCCUUGCUUCAGCUAAUAAUCAAGGCACCAAACGUGUACGUGGGGAAAAUAAAUACUUCUAUAUAUCCAGAAGCUCCGUUAUUCCAAGGCCAUUCCUCCACCGGAGAGAUAUGGCGCCGUCGUCGUCGACGACCACGUCGGGAAGGGCGAACUCCAGGUCACAGCCGCCGUGUCCGAGGGGUCACUGGCGGCCCGGUGAGGACGAGAAGCUUCGGCAGCUCGUUGAGGAGCACGGCCCGCAGAACUGGAACUCCAUUGCCGAGAAGCUGGAGGGGAGAUCAGGGAAGAGUUGCCGGCUCCGGUGGUUCAACCAGCUGGACCCGCGGAUCAACCGGCGGCCCUUCACGGCGGCGGAGGAGGAGCGGCUCCUGCAGGCGCACCGCGCCCACGGCAACCGGUGGGCGCUCAUCUCCCGCCUCUUCCCCGGCCGCACCGACAACGCCGUCAAGAACCACUGGCACGUCGUCAUGGCGCGCCGCCGCCGGAGCCACCAACGCUCCGCCGGCGGUGCCCUCCUCGCCGCCCCUGGAACUGCUGGAUGCUCGCCUCCGUCACGUCGCCCGCCGUUCCAGUGCUUCCAUUUCGGCGGCCCGCCUGCGUCGGCGAAGACCACCACCGGCAACCUGUGUUUCGCCACGCCCGGUUCCGGGCCGUCCACCAGCCUCGUCAGCAGCUCAGGAACGUUCAGUGUCAGGAAGUGCCACGCUCCCACUAACGUCGCCUUCUCUUCUCCAAGGGAAGCGGCGGCUGCACCGGAGGACGACGACCAUCGUCAUGAUGGCAUGGUCAGAGACGAACAUGGCGGCACCGACGACGAUGACGAAGAUGGUGGCGGCGCCGCUGCCAAGAAGAAGGAUGUGCCGUUCAUCGACUUCCUGGGAGUCGGCAUCUGAAGAAACACGUCAGUGGUACAAUUAACCAUUGGUUAUAAAGCGAUGUAUAUUAGAAAUUUAGGAUGUUAGCUAGGCAAUUGGGUGUUGGCGCACCAUACGCUCCUGAGCUGGCCCCACAUGUCAGUGGCAUGUCCUUGCACUCCUUUCCCUCUUCUCUCUUCCAGGAGUAUACUCCUAUGCAUGAAUGACAGUUGACAUGGUUAAAAAUGAUGCUGUGUCUGAGUAUAAAUUUUCCA